UCACCCCAACGGCUAUGGCAAUGAUGAAGCUAUGGACACAAAUUGGGUCGAUUACGGCCACCAUCAUGUUCAUUUGGGCCAUUUUUCAACACUAUUUCCCAUAUCAAUUUCGUUCCUCAAUCAUAAGAUUCUUCGACAAAUUCCUCUCUUCUCUCUACCCUUACAUCACAGUCACCUUCCCUGAGUACACCGGCGAACUUAUCGGCCGGAGUGAAGCUUUUAUCGCCAUCCAAAACUACCUCCGUUCCCGAACCUCUAUCCGCCCUAACCGCCUCAGAGCAGAGGCUGUUCAAGAUGCCAAAUCUUUACUUCUAACUAUGGAUGAUAACCAAGAAGUUGUCGACAAAUUUCAUGGCGUCACAAUCUGGUGGGCUUCCUGCAAGACUACACCCACAAAUCAUACUAUUUCUAUUCGCCCUACUUUCGAUGAGAAACGGUUCUACAGUCUCACUUUCCACCGCCGGAAUAGAGACAUCAUUCUUGGCUCUUUUAUUAACCACAUCAUGGAACAGGGUAAGGCCGUGGAGGUUAGAAACCGGCAGCGGAAGCUUUAUAUGAACAACCCUGAUAAAGAGUGGUGGCAUAGAAGUAAUUGGAUACAUGUCCCUUUUGAGCAUCCUGCAAAUUUUCGAACUCUGGCUAUGGAUUCCAAGAAGAAGCAAGAAAUUAUCAAUGAUUUGGUUAAGUUCAAGAAUGGGAAAGAGUAUUAUGAGAAAGUGGGGAAGGCUUGGAAACGUGGGUAUCUUCUGUACGGUCCGCCGGGAACAGGGAAGUCCACAAUGAUCGCUUCGAUGGCCAAUUUUAUGGAGUAUGAUGUUUAUGAUCUUGAACUGACAUGUGUUAAGGAUAAUACAGAGUUGAAGAAGUUGUUGAUUGAGAUUUCGAAUAAAUCAAUUAUUGUGGUUGAGGAUAUCGAUUGCUCUCUUGAUCUGACUGGGCAGCGGAAGAAGAAGAAGAAAACAGAGGAGGAGGAGGAAGAAACAGGAGAAAAGAUGAAAGAGCCUGUUAAAAAGGAUGUAGAAGAUAAAAAACAGAGUAAGGUGACACUUUCUGGGUUGCUGAAUGUCAUCGACGGAAUAUGGUCGGCGUGUGGUGGAGAGAGGCUGAUUGUUUUCACAACAAAUCAUAAGGAAGAGCUUGAGGAGGCUUUGAUAAGAAGAGGAAGAAUGGACAGACAUAUAGAGAUGUCAUAUUGUGGGUUCGAAGCAUUCAGAGUUCUUGCUACGAAUUACUUGGACGUUGCAUGGGAUGAUUCAUACGAUAAAAUUAAAGAGAUGCUAGAAGAAACAGAAAUGACUCCGGCGGAUGUGGCGGAGAAUUUGAUGCCGAAAUAUGAAGGUGAAAAAACGGAGGAGUGUUUCAAGAGACUGAUUGGAGCUCUUGAGAGUGUCAAAGAGGAGCGUGUCAAUAGAAUGAUUGAAGCUAUUGCGAGUGGUGAAGAGGAACUUGAGAAGGCGAAGGCUAAGGGCUAAGGGCUAAGGUAGAAGAAAAGGGUGCAAAAAGGGCAGAAGAGUUAAAAAAAAAGAAUAGAAGAAGAAAUAAUGAAAUUUGAGAAAAUAGUUUGC